AUGGCAAAAGGCAAUCAUUCAGCAAUCACUGAGUUCAUCCUCUUGGGCCUCACAGGUAAUCCCAAGCUUCAAGCCAUUCUCUUUUGUGUAUUUUUACUGAUUUACUUAGUUACUGCUUUGGGUAAUCUUGGUUUGAUUGUGCUAAUACAAAUCAGUUCUCAGCUUCAGACCCCCAUGUACUUUUUCCUCUGUCAUCUGGCUUUCAUUGAUUUUUUUGGUACCUCUGCAAUCACUCCAAACACCCUGGUGAAUUCUUUACGUGAAAUUAAAAGUACGUCAUUUUAUGCAUGUGCCACUCAAGUGUGUUGCUUUAUCACAUUUUCAGUUUGGGAAUUAUUAAUGCUCUCCAUCAUGGCCUAUGAUCGGUAUGUGGCCAUCUGCAAGCCUUUACUCUAUGUAGUUCUCAUGCCUAAGAAACUCUGCAUUCAAAUGGUCACUAGCUGUUACAUUUAUGGAUUUACUGUGGGACUCAUACAGGCAGUGGCUACAUUCCACAUGUCUUUCUGUGACUCUAAUGUGGUCAACCAGUUCUACUGUGAUGAUGUUCCCUUGAUUGCUCUGGCCUGUUCUGAUACUCGAGUCAAAGAGUUGAUGUUGUUAACUAUUGCUGGGUUUAAUGUUUUUUGUUCUCUUAUUACUGUUCUCAUAUCCUAUGUAUUCAUUGUCUUUACCAUCUUAAGAAUCCAUUCUGCUGUAGGAAGACAGAAAGCCUUUUCUACCUGUGCUUCUCACCUGUUUUCUAUUACUAUAUAUUAUGGGACCCUCAGUUUUAUGUACUUGCAGCCCAAGUCAAAACACUCGCUAGACAAAGACAAAUUUGCCUCAGUGUUCUACGCAGUGGUGAUUCCCAUGCUAAACCCAUUGAUCUACAGUUUGAGGAAUCAGGAGGUAAAAAACGCUUUGAAAAAAAUUACUGAAAAGUUGUAUUCUAGUAAUCGAUAA